AUGACCUUCACAACAAACGCCUCCAUCCGCGUCUUUGGCGGGCGCCUGCUCAAGCUCACCCACCAGUCGACCACAACCGGCACGCCCAUGAACCUCAACCUCUUCAUCCCCGCCUCCGCCUCCGCCGCCGCCCCCGCGCCCGUGCUCCUCUACCUCUCCGGCCUGACCUGCACGCCCGACAACGUGACCGACAAGGGCUUCCUGCAGGCCUACGCCGCGCCGCUCGGCCUCGCCCUGCUGUACCCGGACACGUCGCCGCGCGGGCUCAACCUGCCCGGCGAGGACGACGCCUGGGACUUUGGCAGCGCCGCCUCCUUCUACAUUGACUCGGUCCGGCCGCCGUACGACGCCAACUACAAGAUGGAGACGUACGUCGCGCGCGAGCUGCCCGCCCACGUCUUCGCCGCCUUUGCCGAGCUCGACCCCACGCGCGUCGCCAUCUCCGGCCACUCCAUGGGCGGCCACGGCGCCCUCACCCUCUUCCUCAAGAACCCCGGCCAGUACAAGUCGGUCAGCGCCUUUGCGCCCAUCACCAACCCCAGCCGCUGCCCCUGGGGCACCAAGGCCUUUGCCGGCUACCUCGGCGACGACGAGGACGAGUGGAAGAAGCACGACGCCACGGAGCUCAUCAAGGGCUGGAAGGGUCAUUUUCCCUGCCUGAUUGAUGUGGGCCUCGGCGACCCAUUCUAUAAAAAAGGCGAGCUUCUCCCGGAAAACUUUGAAAAAGCCAUCAAGGAAGCGGGCAUUAGCGGCGCGACGAUCCGAUACCAAGACCUUGUCCAGGACUACGACCACUCCUACUUCUUCGUGCAGAGCUUUGCAGAAGACCACGUCAAGCAUGCCGCCAAAGCCCUUGGCUUGCUGUGA